UCCAUCAAAAAGGCCCGAGAAGUUGCGAUUGGUCCUAAGGCUGAGUACCAAAAAGCAAAACCAAAAGUAAAUUCGUCAAAUAAACUCAAACAUUCCCGGCAAAGAUGUCACGUGGCGAUUUUUCCUGUAUUAUGAAUACUCACUGUGAGAAAAGCCUAGAUGACGAGAUACACUAUAAUGUUAAUUGUAAGUGCAAACAGAGGGUACUGAUACGCAACAAUGGUCAGACUGUAUACGUUUGGUACAGAAUCUGCGUCUGUGGGUAUCAUAAAGAUAGAUCGUCUGAAUACAAAAAUUCAGAACUCCCAGACUACCAUAAAGAUGGAAUAGACAUCCACGAAAAUGGGGGCUGUAUAUAUAAAAUCAUACUUCGACGAGGAUGUAUUUGGGACGACUAUAAGUUUGUUCUAGAGUGUUUCGUUGGAGUGCCCGGAUAUAAUAUGCAGAGAUGAAGACUAGACUGAAUAUACAGAGAAUGAAGUUGUUAAGUUUGCGAAUAAAGUUUUUUUUUAUUCUAAAAU